AUGAAUAAAUUUUAUAUUAAAAUUUUUUUUUUUCUUAUAAGCAUCUUCGUAUAUGUGAAUAAUACAUCCUUUGCAACUGAGCUUGAUUCACCCGAUGAUUCUUUAGAACAUUCUUUAAAGAUGGGAAUAUUUAUGAAAAAUAAUAAUCUUAUAACGGAACCAGCUUCAGACAUAGAUUUUCUAGUCAAAUCAAAUAUAUCCCAAAUUGAUUUGAUAAAAACUAUAUCUAGCUACAUUACUCAAGACAAAGACUAUUUAGAUAAUCUUAUUCCAAACAAAGAAUAUCUAGACUACAUUACUCAAGACAAAGACUAUUUAGAUAAUCUUAUUCCAAACAAAGAAUAUCUAGACUACAUUACUCAAGACAAAGACUAUUUAGAUAAUCUUAUUCCAAACAAAGAAUAUCUAGACUACAUUAAUCAAGACAAAGACUAUUUAGAUAAUCUUAUUCCAAAUAAAGAUGCUCAAGAGUUUGAAAAUCAUGAAAAUCGAGACUUACUAUCGUGUACUGAUUAUGAAGAAGCUAAAAAAGCAUCAGAAAUUAUGUGCGAUUGUAAUCAAAUAGUAAAAAUGUUAUAUGAACCCAAGGAUUUAUAUGGUUUCGGUUCCAAUGAUAGUAAAGUUUUAUUUAUACCAAGAAUUGUCCUCAAACACAAUUCAAAUUUGGUACUGAUACAAAAAUAUAGCGUCACACCAUUCCAUAAAUAUAAUUUUGGGUUAUUUACAAUAGCUGAAGAAUCGAAUACAACAUUUUUUGCCAAUACAUCGAUAAAUAUAAAUGACGAAACCAGUGCCAAUAAAAAAAAGGGCAAAAAAGGUGUAAACUUGCUCAAUGAUCAUAUUGAUUUUGACGAUAUUAUUAGACAGAUAGUAUUAAAAAAUAUGUUUGCUAAUUUUUUCGGAUUUAUUAUCACAAAAGAAUACGAUCACGUUGGUGUUACCUAUGUCGAAUCCAACCGACAUGAUAAAUCCUAUCCAAAAAAUUAUGAUAAGAUAAAACGUAGAGCACAAAAUAUGUUAAAUUUAAUGAACAUAUUGCUAUAUGGAUUUAAAGGUUAA